GCGCCUGGCGGUUUUUCUUAGUUUUCUCACGUGGUUGGUUUCUUUCGUUCUGAGGUGCUGUAUCCUUUAUGUUUUUUCUAGUGCUAAGGGCUUUCAUUCGCGUGAGGUUUGCGGAAGAGUGUAGAAGUGGAGGAUAAUUUGAGAUUUUCAAACUGUUUUGCGGUAGCAUAGUUGACGUCAGUCAUAGUACGUGGGUUUUGGAACUUCAUAUUAUCCGCGUGGCGCAAUCAUUGGUGUCGAUCCAUGUUUGAAACGAUGGGUUGAUUGCCCAUCGGUAUCCUUAGUUUCAUUCGCGAUAGAGUUGUGCUGCAAAGGAAGUUUUUGAACGACCUUUACAAGAGGGAUAGAUACAUAGUCUUUCAAGAGAAGGAACUUAAUACAUCAAAAAUGUGGAAUCACAAGAUUUAUAAAUGUUCCACUAGACUGGUCAACCUAGAUCGUGAUCAACACGAUCCUUCAUUCCUCGUAAGAUCCUUCGAUGCAAAAACUGCCACGUCAGCCGUGAUAGUUCCAUACAUAUGCUUCUCCCUCCAUCCAAUCUCAACUCACUCCCAAUCUGUAAAGCUUCCCUAGAUCUCCUGGCAAGAUUACGAUGCAGAGAUCCACUAGAUGAUAGACACGCUGCUCCGACAAACGUAAUAGAGAAAGGCACUCUCUGCUCGGCAAUCCAGCAAUUCUUCCGUACAACCAAUGGGUCGAAUUCCGAAACAACUUCAUCAACAUAUAUAUAUAGAAAUAAAAGAAUCCAGAUUUCUGCGAGCGAAACCAAAUACCUGCUUGAUUUUCAAUAUCACAACAGUUUGAGUGUGUGCAGCAGCAUGUGACGUGUAGCCUCGGUUGAGCAGCAACUGCGCCAGUCCCAAGUUGUGGGAACCGGUGCGAAGCAUCUCCAAGCUACCGCAGCCUGUAGGGGUCGAGAAGAUGCAGUCGGCCGUGGAGAAGGCCCAGGAAGUCAUGGAGGAGCAGGGCAGAGAGGUGGACGCAGCGGGCGCCGGCGCUGAGGCGGAGAAGCAGUCGACGGCGGAUGCGGAUGCCAUCCUCCCCGAGGAGGCGGUGACGAAGGGCAAUGGCAAGAUCGGUGGAGAGGCGGGCGAAGGUGGCGCUGUUGUGGAGGCGGAGAACGGAGUGGCGGGCUUGGAGAAGGCGGUAGCGGCGGCGUCGACGGAUUGGGACAAUGCGCCUGCGGUCGGGUGGGCGAGCGCGGAGGCUCCCGAGGGCGCGGAGGGUGGCGGUCCGGGGGCGGAGGCAUUGGCAGGUGCGGAGUCUGGCGUUGUGGGUGGCGCUCCCGCGGAGAAGGCACCGCUGCAGGUGUACAACUUCUACAUGGUGAGGGUCCCCAGACCCGCGGACAAGCAAGGGAGGGUUGAGAUAUCGUCGGCCGAGCAGCAGUUGCAGGACAAGACGGAUGCACGCAACGCGCACAACAGCACGGUGCAGGCUGCGAGGGUGAAGCGGAACGAGGCGUUCGAGAGGCUGAAGGCGGCCCGGCAGGUGGAGCGGGACUGGUUGACGCAGGUGCGCGCGAAGCAGGAGGAGAUGAAGCCGCUGAGGGACAGCCUGCGGAAGUUGAGGGAGGCGGGGCGGGAGGUGCGAGAGAAGAGCCGGGACAUGCCAACGUCGGAGGAGGAGCUGGACCACAGGGUGGCGUCUCUGGAGUGGAGGAUCCAGCACGAGAGCAUCCCGUUGAAGGAGGAGAAGCAGCUGAUGAGGGAGAUCAAGGCGCUGCAGGCAUCGCGUGAGGCGGUGCGCGCGAACGCGUCCCUGUUCGCGCAAGUGCAGGACGCUCUGGGGCAGCGGGACGAGCUGGAGGGCGCGCUGAAGCCAUUGGACGCGGAGUACAAGAAGCUGGACGUGGAGUUGAACGCGGCGAAGAAGGUGCGGGAGCAGGCGGAGAAGGAGUACGAGCAGGCGAACAGCGCCCUGAGCGCCGUGCAGGACAAGCUGCAGUCGGCGAACGACAAGAGGCAGGAGGCAUACGUGCACAAGAAGUCGCUGAAGGAGCAGGAGUAUAUGCGGAUGAAGGACUUUUACGACAACAAGAGGGACAUCCAGGAGGCGAAGAUGCUGGCGAACAAGCCGAACAACAGGAAGGAGGUGGAGGAGUACUGCAAUGCGCAGGUGGAGCGGAUGCUGGGGAUGUGGAACACGGACGAGGAGUGGCGGAGGAACUACGUGAAGGACAACGAGUGGAGCACGGUUCGGCGGUUCGGGACGCUGGAUGGGCGGGGUCUGGCGCCGGACGAGGCACGGCCGAUGGUGGGCGGGCACGGGGACGGAUUGUCGGCAGCGGGGCCUGGAUCGGCACAACAGAGCGGAGGGCGAGGAGGCGGGAGCGGGCAGCGAGAGGGGGUGGCGGCGAGGGCGGAGAGGGUGGCAGCGAAGGGCGAGAAGGAGGACGAGGACGAGGAGGAGACGGGUUUCAAUGCCGGUGCGGCGGUGGAGCAGAAGGAGAAGGAGAAGGGUGGGGCGAAGCGGGAGCGAGAGGCGGCGGGGUCGAGUCCCACAGCGGUGGUGGAGGCAGUGAAGCCGAAGUCGAAGGAGGAGCUGGAGCGGGAGGCCGCGGAGCUGAAGGAGCAGAGGAGGGCGGUGGAGAUGGCGAAGGCGAAGGAGGCCGAGGAGCGGAAGAGGCGUCUGGCGGAGAAGGCACAGGCGAAGGCCGUGGCCCGGGCGCAGAAGGAGGCGGAGAAGAAGGAGAAGGAGCGGGAGAGGAAGGCGUUGAAGAAGGCGGCGGCAGUGGCUCCCCUGGAGUCGGGGAGCGCGUCGGACACAGCCCCAGGCGCGGGGAGCGACGGCAAUGGGAAUGGGAAUGCGGGAGAGAGCGAGGAGCCGGCGGCAGAGGUGAGGGUGAGCUCGAGCCAGCGCAGGCGCGGGGUGACGAACGCAAGCAAAGCGGCAGCGAGGGUGGCGAGGGCGAAGGUGGCGAUGCCUCCGGCGCGGGCGAAGAAGCAGAAGGUGCUAGGGAUGCCGGUGCAGUGGGCGGUGGGAGCAGCAGCAGGAGUAGGAGCAGUUUUGGUGGCGGUGUUAGUGUAUUUGAUUUUGUGGAGGAGUAGGACGUCAGGGGCGGGCGGUUUCGAGGAGGGAGCGAGGUUCAAGGCGAGGCCGGAGGCAUCGUCUCAUAGCUUUUAGGAGGGUGGGUCUCAGUGGGGGUGGGCGGAGAGUGGGCGUGCUCGAGGGUGUCGGUGAAGCUGACGAGGGUGGGUCGGAGAAGGCCCGCGCUUCUUCUCUCGUUUGAAAGUCCCGCUGUUCGCUCCGCGGAGAGUUGCAGUAAACGUACGUAGUUUGGUUUCGAUGGAA